AUGUCCUCCAUCCCCUGUGCGACAACCUACGUGAAGUACCAAGCGCAUGAAGCGAAGUCCGAGGAGAUGGAACAUUCUCGAUGCGCGUCGCUCGUGGCCGAGUACCUGGAGCGCACGGCGCGCCUCGCGCCGCUGUUCCCGCGCCUGCGCCCGCUGCCCGACAACAUACACUGCCGCCUCGCAUACGAAACACCACAGAACCUUGCUCUAGAACUUUCCAAAUCCAUCCUCUACGAGAAUGCCGAUUCCAUAGAUAUCAAAACAUUAAACUCCCAUGAAGAUUCGCUAUGGAACGGCAAGCCUCAACAGUACUUUGAGAGUAUGAACGCUCAAGAUAGUGUGGCGGAUGUUAAAGAUUUUGAGGAUGAUUCUUUGGCU